CUGUAGAGUUCAGCAGCGGCGAGGUCUGUAGGUCCAAACCGGAUGGUGACGUCCAGGCCCCGGCUAACCUUGGGGAAGGGUGCGCGAUGAAGGCAGGAUCGGGGUCCGGCGACAGGCGGCGAUGGGGCCCUGGCAUUAGGAAUCAGGAGGGCUGAGGGCUUCUGGCGAUCCGAUGUCGGAUCCCUACAAUUCUCCUUUGUCGCCCUCACAGCUCCUGUAAUGGCAUGUCCAGUUCUGAUCGCCCCGUGUAAACUGUGAGGGUCCGGCGGUGUUUUCACAGAUGUGCUCCCCUUGUAAGGUCUUCUAAUAUAAAUAUUUAUUGAGAAUCGGAGUGAAUGGUAAGGCCUGGGGGCCGAGACCAGGGGUAGAUCUAGGCUCAGCGUUCCCCCACCGCCCAGAGAGGUGAGGGCCCAGAGGGCAAGCCGAUGGACUUCAGCAUAUCAUCUCUUCACUCAAGAGAACUCAUCUCUUCGGACCUUUUCCGCUUGCUUUACAGCUGAGAUUCAUUCUUCCUUCUCUUGUCACCCUUUCCAACUUCUCAUCCUGAAGCUCGCCUAGCUCCUCGGGCUUUCAGAUACAAAACAGAAUUGUUUUGCACCGAGGCAGAACAGAUACAUUGAAAGAAUUAUCAGAAAAGAAUAAUACAUAGGAAUGAUUGUGAACAACCUCUCUCUGUGCUACCACAACAAACUCAUCUUAGCCCCUAUGGUUCGGGUGGGGACUCUCCCAAUGCGGCUUCUGGCCCUGGACUAUGGAGCGGACAUUGUGUACUGUGAGGAGCUGAUCGACCUCAAGAUGCUUCAGUGCAAGAGAGUUGUCAAUGAGGCACUCAGCACAGUGGACUUUGUUGCUCCCGAUGACCGAGUGGUCUUCCGCACCUGUGAAAGGGAGCAGAGCAAGGUCGUCUUUCAGAUGGGGACUUCAGAUGCAGAGCGAGCCCUUGCUGUGGCCAGGCUUGUAGAAAAUGAUGUGGCUGGUAUUGAUGUCAACAUGGGCUGUCCUAAAGAGUAUUCCACCAAGGGAGGAAUGGGAGCUGCCCUGCUGUCAGAUCCUGACAAAAUCGAGAAGAUCCUCAGCACUCUUGUGAAAGGGACGCGCAGACCUGUGACCUGCAAGAUUCGCAUCCUGCCAUCGCUGGAAGACACCCUGAGCCUUGUGAAGCGGAUAGAGAGGACCGGCAUUGCCGCCAUCGCGGUUCACGGGAGGAAGCGAGAGGAGCGGCCCCAGCACCCUGUCAGCUGCGAAGCCAUCAAAGCCAUCGCUGAAACCCUCUCCAUUCCCGUCAUAGCCAAUGGAGGAUCUCAUGACCACAUCCAAGGGUAUUUGGAUAUAGAGGACUUCCGACGAGCCACGGCAGCCUCUUCAGUGAUGGUGGCCCGGGCGGCCAUGUGGAACCCGUCCAUCUUCCUCAGGGAGGGUCCACGGCCCUUGGAAGAGGUCAUGCAGAAGUACAUCAGAUAUGCUGUGCAGUAUGACAACCACUACACCAACACCAAGUACUGCUUGUGCCAGAUGUUGCGAGAACAGCUGGAAUCACCCCAGGGAAGGCUACUCCAUGCUGCCCAGUCUUCCCAGGAAAUUUGGCCUUUGGCCUUGGUGCCUUCUAUGAGGAGACGACACGAGAUCUGGACGCCCGGCGGGCCAAACUUCUGGCCAGGAGCCCAGAGGAAGCAGAGGAACCAGCUGAAGACACUUCUGGUAUCAUUAAGAUGGCCAUCAAGUUUGACCGGCGAGCAUAUUCACCCCAGAUCACCCCCAAGAUGUGCCUGCUGGAGUGGUGCCGGAGGGAGAAGCUGGCACAGCCGGUGUAUGAAACGGUCCAGCGGCCCCUGGAUCGCCUCUUCUCUUCUGUUGUCACUGUUGCUGAACAAAAGUACCAGUCUACCUUGUGGGACAAGUCCAAGAAACUGGCGGAGCAGGCUGCAGCCAUCGUUUGUCUGCGGAGCCAGGGCCUCCCAGAGGGUCGGCUGGGUGAGAAGAGCUCCUCCUUGCACAAGCGCAAGCGGGAGGCCCUUGACCAGGACCCUGGGGACCCCACAACUCAGGAGCCAGCCGUGCCUGGGGAGCUGUGCAAGAAGCCUUUCGUAGCCUUGGCAGGUGGUCAAGAGAGCCCCCUGGAAGGCUGGUGACCACUGUCCCUCCCUGGCCAGCCCCUCCCUGGGCCUGGCCCUAGGAUGGCUGUGGAUGCAGAGCAUCAGCCAGAUGGCACUGGACAAUUUUCUGCCCCUGGUGGACAGGAAUUGAGAGGUUCUGGCUUGGGUCAGCAGCCUGGAGCACAGGCCGAGCAGUGCCCAGAGUGUCCAUCUCCCUCAGUGGGUCUGAGCAGCAGAGCCAAGUUCCCAGCGACCUCAGUAUUUUCUUUGAAAAUAGGAGCUCUCAGGCGGCAUCUGCGCAACCUGACAUUGGUACAGUGCAAUAAAGACACCCACCACCCUUACCCCCGGCUGACUGCUUCAGCCUGGCUCUUUACGCAUGGAUGGAUGUCUUGGCAUUAGUCUGCUUCCAGCCUCUGGGUAGAGCUGGGGAUU